UGUUCGAAAGACUUCGAGAAAGGAGAAAAACAAUGUGAAGGCACUUUGGGCGAACUUAGGUCGCCAAUUUUCAUUUUAAAAUGGCUUUAGAGGUGGGCCAGGAGGCAGAACUUGAUGAAAGCGGUGGGGAAGAAGACGAAGGUGAAAUAAUUGACUGGCAGCUGCCAUUAUGCUUCAUGAAAAAGCGUCAUCGAGAGCGUAUCGAAGGUGGUCAGCCUCUAGCGCAGUCUUGGCGUAUGAAAGAACGGAUGAAAACCGUCAGCGUUGCCCUUGCUUUGUGUUUAAAUAUUGGAAUUGAUCCCCCUGAUGUUGUGAAGACCUCACCUUGUGCUCGUAUGGAAUGCUGGAUGGAUCCAAUGGUAUUAACACCUCAAAAAGCCCUGGAUGAAAUUGGUAGUCGGUUACAAAAACAGUACGAAAGAUGGCAACCCAGGGCAAGGUACAAGUUGAACUUGGAUCCAACAGUUGAUGAUAUCAAGAAAUUGUGCACAAGUCUAAGACGAAAUGCCAAGGAGGAGAGAGUUCUUUUCCAUUACAAUGGUCAUGGCGUACCACGUCCAACUGCAAAUGGCGAAGUUUGGGUUUUUAAUAAGAGUUAUACUCAGUAUAUUCCAUUGUCCGUUUAUGACUUGCAAACAUGGAUGGGAAGUCCGUCAAUAUUUGUGUAUGAUUGUUCCAGCGCAGGUAUAAUCUUGGAGAAUUUUAACCAAUUCUCAAAACAGAGGGAAAAGGAAUACGAGAGAUGCAAUGCUCAAGGAACCAGUGCAGCAAUGCCUUCAUUCAAAAAUUGUAUCCAAAUUGCAGCCUGCCAACCUCAUGAGCUUUUGCCAAUGCAGCCUGACUUGCCAGCAGAUAUAUUCACAGCAUGCUUGACCACACCAAUUAAGAUCGCUCUCAACUGGUUUUGUCAGCAAAACAGCGGGAAGUUGCUUGCAGGAAUUAAUAUUGAUUUGAUAGAAAAGAUUCCAGGAAGAUUGAAUGACCGUAGAACACCACUGGGCGAGUUGAACUGGAUCUUCACAGCAGUCACAGACACAAUUGCUUGGAAUGUCUUACCAAGAGAGUUGUUUCAAAAGCUUUUCCGUCAAGAUCUCCUGGUUGCCAGCCUUUUCCGAAACUUCCUUCUUGCCGAGCGUAUCAUGAGAUCUUAUAAUUGUAUGCCGAUGUCUUGUCCCCAGCUCCCCCCAACCUACCAGCAUCCAAUGUGGCAUGCCUGGGACUUGGCUGUAGAUACAUGUUUAUCCCAACUUCAUGCUGUUGUUGAAGAUGGAAAACCAUUUCAGAAUAGUUUGUUUUUCUCACAACAACUGACCGCAUUUCAAGUGUGGCUGGCUAUGGGGAGAAAAGAAAGAAAUCCACCAGAGCAACUUCCUAUUGUGCUCCAGGUUCUUCUCAGUCAAGUUCAUCGAUUACGAGCUCUGGAUCUCCUGGGACGGUUCUUGGAUCUUGGUCCGUGGGCUGUCCACUUAGCCCUUUCUGUGGGGAUAUUUCCUUAUGUCCUGAAGCUACUACAAAGCUCGGCGAGGGAAUUGCGUCCAUUACUGGUUUUUAUUUGGGCGAAAAUUUUGGCGGUAGACAAUUCGUGCCAAGCAGAUUUAGUCAAAGAUAAUGGUCACCGAUAUUUCCUGUCAGUUCUAGCUGAUCUCUAUAUGCCGCCAGAGCAUAGGACAAUGGCUGCCUUCAUUUUGACAACGAUAGUCAAAGAUUACCCAGAAGGACAGGAGGCAUGUUUGCAAGGCAAUCUGAUCGCAAUAUGUCUGGAGCAGUUGGGUGACCCUCAUCCUCUAUUACGUCAAUGGCUUGCUUUGUGUUUGGCGCGAGUUUGGACGAACUACAGCCGUGCCAAGUGGUGCGGAGUCAGAGACUCUGCUCAUGAAAAACUUCAACUUUUGAGCAACGAUCCGCUUCCUGAGGUUCGUGCAGCGGCCGUGUUUGCUUUGGGUCAAUUCGUUGGUAACACAGCGGAAAGAACCGACUUGGCAAAUCAAGUUGAUUUUGGCGUGUGCAUGGUGCUUACCAAUUUUGCUUACGACGGUAGUCCCAUUGUCAGAGAGGAGGUUGUAAGAGCUCUCUAUGGCCUGGUCUCGCAGUUCGAAGGGAAUUUUGGAGUCGUUGCUCUGCAAUUUGUCGAGGAAGAAGUCCGUCUACGGGAAACACAGCCACAGCCUGCCGUGACAUCAUCUGGAUGGAUCGUUCUGACCAAUGGCGUGCUCGUUCCUCCUAAUAUGGCGCUCGUCUCUCCGCAGAUUAAGGGAUCGAAGCGGAUCAAGUCUCGUGGAUCAUCUCCUAAUCUCGCCGCGACAGCCAGUCCAGCAAACGCAACACCACCUAUUGCGUCAUCGCCGGUAUUGAGCGGGAGCGUUGGAUCCAAAUCCGAUCAACAGGGGGGAGCGAAACGAGGUGGACCACAUACACAAUUCACGUCACCACAGUCUAAUGUAUACUCCACCGUAUGGAGGACACUUCUCAUUUUGUCAUGCGACCCAGCUCCUGCCGUUGCGAAUCUGGCAGACAAGAUAACAAAUGAUAUAACAUUGAAGGCCUCCGUGAAUCGUCGUCCGCGUCGUUUCAGUUCGCCCGCAGCGGAAUCUUUGUUAAGUCCAAGCGAAUAUCAACUAAAAUCCGAACCCUUCGCUGUCAGUUCUGGCCAAGACGGCCCAAAUUUGGGAGCGACUAAACCCCUGGAAAAACCCCCCGUACCAGCCGUGGCGUCGCAAAAGCCAAGUGCAACAGGCCUUCCACACUACCCACAUUCCUACGCGUUCGGGGCAAAGCGACGAAUAUUUGACAAAGGACCAGACUUGCCAGAGGGUAGUGAUGAUCAAUCCGACGACAGCGAGGAAGAUAGCAUCCACACUCCAGCCGCUUUUGCUGAGACGAAAUUUUGUGAUUGGUGUUGUAGCUAUUUUGCCCAAUCAGUCACGAAACCGCCUGAUGAACACGAUCCACACAGUGAGGUGCAUCUCGAACGAGAAAACAGGUUCACGAGAAAUGCUCGAGUCAGAUUUGAAGCGGAAAAACAACAGAAAGACUUUAAUCGGCUUGAUGAUCAGAUAUUUAUCAACCGGAAUCCCUCACCUCCCGGUGUACUCCGAUUUAACCCUUACGAACCCCACCUCGCUGUCGCCGAUAGAUCUGGUGUAAACAUUUGGAAUUUCGAGACUGGUACACGGCUCAAUCAUUUUGAGAAUGGCAAUCCGAAGCCAACACAUAUUACCGCAAUGGAAUUGUUAAACUCUCAUGAUCUGCCUUUGUUGCUGACUGGCUCAAAUGACGGAGCAGUGCGUAUUUGGAGGAAUUACACAGAAGGCAACCCUGAACUGGUCACAGCCUGGCCAGCUCUCUCGAGUCUUCUGCCCUCGACACAAGGCAGCGGUUCAGGAAUGGUUGUAAACUGGGAACAACAAACAGGAUGGCUGAUGGCCUCGGGAGAUGUAAGACAUAUUCGAGUCUGGGACACACAAAGGGAGAUUACACUACAGGAUAUUCCAACGGGAGCGGAGAGUUGUGUGACGAGUCUUGUGUCAGACUAUGUCGGUCGUUCAUUGCUGGUGGCGGGAUGUGGUGAUGGAUCUGUUCGUCUGUUUGACAGAAGAUUACCACCAAACGAUAGUAGGGUUAUGACAAUGAGGGAACACGAGUGUUGGGUGGUCAACGUUGUGCUUGAGAAAAGCACAUCGGAUAGCAUUAUAUCUGCAAGUGUUGAUGGAAAGGUGAAAUUCUGGGAUCCGCGUUUCAGUGAAUCUGUUCGUAAUCUGGAAAUGCUUGGCGGUCAGAUGACCUCAUUUGAAGUCCACAAUUCAGCCAGGGUUUUAGCAUGUGGCUUUGCAAGUCAAAGCGUCAAAGUGACCAAAGUAAGGCAAAAAGACUCAGAUUGCAUCAGCACUAUUCGACAUUAUGAUGGGUUUAUGGGUCAGAGAAUUGGACGGGUGAACUCAAUGAGUUUUCAUCCACAUAGGGUCCAUUUGGCAGUUGGCUGUGCCGACUCAUUCAUUUCCAUUUACUCUACCGAGAAGAAAAGAUGACUUCUUCACUUCUUCAACGUGUCCUUGUGGACUGAAGUACAAUUAAUAGUAGUUGUAGUUGCAUACGGUGCCAAAUUUUUGUGGUGAAGUACUAUUGUCAUUAUAUAUAUAUAUAUAGGCUUCAUUGAAGUAUAUUGCAUCAUGGUUUAAAACAAAACAAUUUCGCCGCGGUAAACUUAUACUUUGUAUUUUUCGUAUGAGAAGAUAAUCAUGUUUUUAACUAGAAUUUUUUUUAAGUAGCUGGGUCCUGGGAUUGUUUCACAUACGGAAAGUAGUUUGGGUGUAAGUUGUUUCAAAAUUUUAACCUAUUUGUAAAUGAUUUUUAAACGAAGUUUGUAUUUUAUAAUGGAUGUAAAUCAGUCAAUGUGAACUGAAGGCACCUAAAACUGGUGGUACCCAUUAUUCAUUAAUGCCAUCAAACCUGACCAAAUUAUUUAACUAAAUGACAAAUGAUUUAUUUAAUCACAAGUUUAUAUAUUCUUUCUGUAAAUAUAUCAAUUCAAAUUCAUACACAAAAGUAUAGUAAGAGAAAAUUAUAUUUUGU